CUGCCGACACACGAGGGGUGCGCAUCCGACACCUCGGCUGCGGACAUGCGGUGCCGCCGCUGCCGGCGCAACGUGCUGCUCACCCCCCUGUGGAUCGUCGCGGGCCUCUGCUGCUUCCUGUUCCUUCUGCCACUCCUGCGCCCUCCGGAUGAAAGUAAACACCAGGAAGCGCCCGCACUGGUGUUGACGUCACUGUCGGUGAUGGACGCCUCUCAGAAGUACCGCGUGCGGCAGUUCGUGUCGGUGGGCGACGGCUGGCAGCAGCUGGCUGCGUCAGCGGGGGACUGGGCCACGUGCCUGGCGCUGCACGCGUCGCUGUCGCACGUGCACCACGUGGGGCGCCAGGCCCGCUUCUGGAGUGGGCCCCUCUCCGUCGCGCUCUUCGCCGCCGGGGAAGACGUCCACCUGCUGCUCGCCUACGUCACGUUCCUCAGGCGCUGUAGGCAACACGUGCGAAGUAGGGUGAGCUUCCACUUACUGUGGCCUACGGAGCAGCCACCCAAUGACACCGUGGUCGCGGCUGGGGAGCAGCUGGAGGAAGUGGACUGCGGAGAGGACGACGAGCAGGUGCUGCAGCGACUUCUGCGGCUGCAGGCGCACCCUGUGGGGGAGCAGCUGUCGUACCCGCAGAACCUGGCCAGGAACACGGCCAGGCUCGCCUGCCCCACCAGGCUCACGCUCUGCCCAGACGCCGACAUGCUGCCAGGGCCCAGCAUGGACCUCGCGGCUCAGCUAGCGGACCUCUUCAGCAGAGAGCCACCGUGCAAAAAGUGCGCGUACAUCUUGCCGGUGUUCGAGCUGGACGCGAGACUGGCUGGCCCACCGAAGGACAAGUGGGAGCUGCAACAGCUGGUGGAGGACAGGCUGGCCCGUCCUUUCCACUGGGAAUUCUUCAAGGACAACCAGAAGUCCCUGGAUCCGACUCGCUGGCUGCAGCACUCUAACGCCUCUUCGACGCAGUUGUCCGUGGCUUACAACGUCAAGUACGGAUGGGCCUUUGAGCCGGUCUAUGUGGCAGCCAGCGGAGAGCUGCCCGUGUUUGACGAGAGCUUCGUAGGGUACGGCUUUACAAGAAACACGCAAGCAUACGAGAUGUUUGCCUCUGGUUGGCGGUUCUUCGUCCUGGACCACGCGUUCCUCAUUCACUGGGGCCUGCAGUCGAUAGACAAGCGGCCCAAGUGGCGAUGGAAGGAGAACACCAUCAACAGCGAUCGCUUCCGCAAGUGGGUGAAUCGAGUCGCUCUCAAGUACGACGUGGACGAGAUGAAGCUUACGUGGAGAUACGCCGACUACGACUCGAGUAUGACGACGUGCCCUCGGCAAAAGUGCAAAUCAGCACGACCCAAACCUACAAAGUCAACUCCGUCACCAAAGAACCAGGAAAAGCCUACAAAGGCAACUCCGUCACCAAAGAAGCAGGAAAAACCUGCAAAGGCAACUCCGACACCAAAGAAGCAGGGAAAGAAGGCCUAGGCCCAACGAGACGUGGAAUUCCACAGAAAGUGUUCGUGACAGCAGACUGAAAACGUGUUAGCUAGUCUUCAAAGUGUGCAUAUUUGUAUUUUUUUGUGAUUUCUUGCUGAAGUACUGUCUAUGUUUAUUGAUGACACUUAGGAACGGUUGCACGGAAACUGAAACAAGCUUCUGUUGCUUACACUGUGGACAUGCCUUUGGUGCCUCUAUGAAAAAAAUAUGAGUCAUGAGUUUAGCUCGGCUUUCAUCAACCAUUACUUGUGGGCUUGUCUUAUUGUUUCUAAUUGCACAUCUUUACAGAAUGCCGUAGUAUUUAUUUUUAAAUGGCUUGUCACUUCUACAAGCUAUUUUUUGUCAGUGUUAUCUUAGCACAUAAUAAAAUUGUAAUUAAUAACAUUCCUGUAGUUUUGACAAAACUGCUGUGUUUAACAGAUCGCAGAUUUCUGUUUUAAACUGUAUGUGGAGUAUAGUAAAGUCCACGAACUGAACUGACAUGAAUACUAUUUCAUGACUCAAAUUAAUUGAGGAAUGAUAUUAUGAAUAUGAUAUAACAGCGAAAAAUCUGUAAAACAUUUUAUGAGCUGUUAUUAGUGCUUAUCGUUCAAAGUAGUUAUAGGGUGUUCUAAAACGUCACUUAUUUAUUGUAUUGUAAUUUUAAAUAUUGAUGUAUCUCAAAGAAAGUGAUAAGAUAUUUUUCUUCGUUGUUUUUAUAACGACUGAAAUACGGGUUUCUUAUCCGACUGCUGUGAUAGUGAAGACUCUUGUAAGCUUUGACAUAUUCAAGUAUGUACACUCUUCCAGAUAAGUGUAACCGCCAAAACCAUAAGUGCACUUUUACCACUCUUCCAUGCUGGCAACCAUUUAUGUGGCUGCAGUCACUUUCAAAGUUAGCAUAUUUAUUGUCCUAAAAGUUAUUUUCAAAAUGUGAUAUAAGUAUAUAAUUAAAUUACAGUAUUAUAUUGUCA